UGAUGAGAAAUGCCUAUUUCGAAAUAAUGUUAGAUUUCGCUGGAUCCAAGUAUCCGAGCCUUUCAUAUAAAAGUCGGAACCUCCGCCACCAACAUCGUCAAUUCCUCAAAGUCAAUUCACCCAUCACAUCACAGAGUUAGAUACCAUCAUGUUCAGAUUUGUUGUGCUUUCCGUUGCUGCGCUCGCUUUGACUGGGGCUGAGCAGUAUGCCACUCCAGAAGCUACUGCCGAAAUCAAAAGUUAUGUGAGUGAUAUUCAUCCGGACGGCUCAUAUCAGUUCGCUUAUGAUACCACUAAUGGAAUAGCUGCUCAGGAACAAGGUGUUGGCUCGCAACAUGCCGCCGGUGCAUUUUCUUACACCUCCCCGGAAGGUCAUCCCAUUCAACUUUCUUACACCGCGGAUGAGCACGGAUUCCAUCCGGAAGGGGCUCAUUUGCCAAUUCCUCCACCAAUUCCAGAUUACAUCUUAAGGUCUUUGGAAUGGAAUGCUGCCCAUCCAGAAGAAGAGCAUCAACAGUACGCGGCCGGUCCACAUGAAAUUUCCCAAGUGGCACAUGUAACACCGUUGCCACAAGUGGCGCACGCCGAUGCUGGUUACAAGCAUUGAGAAGUAUUAUUCGCUAGUUUUAGAGAACAUGAUUGUUAAUAGGUUAUAAAGAGUUAUUUAAUAAAUUGUUAUCAAUGAAA